GCUUAUGGGAAAUUGACUGAGGUGGACCAUGUGGGCCGUGGGUCGCUGCAUACUCCACCCCGUACUAUAAGGCCCGAUGGAGCGUUCUCUGUCGAACUUCGAAUGAUCUGUCAAGAGAGAUCUAAUCAGCAGACGACUGGAUUUCUCAAAUUGGGUCACCAUGUUCACAACGCGUGAAACAUCAGUUCGAUAACGGCGAAGUGGACAGACUGGAUCUUUGCGCCGGAACGAGCGCGGCCGGUACAGUAUACUGGUUCUACUCACACCGAGAACUAUCCUAGGAGGCUUCGUCAGAAGACGGAGCGAUUGCGGUCUCGAAGCUGCCAGUUCACAAUCUCCGGAUAGCCUCGACUGGCAGUGUAGGCACCGAAUGGCGUCGGCAGAGAGUUGUUGUUGCAAAUCGGCCGGCAGGCUACGGCAAAUUGAUAGCUUAUUGGGCCCAAACCUUCACUGGCCUCAAAGACGCUCCGUGAUGCGCAAUAAAAGCAUCACCGCUGGUCAUGCGACCUUCUGCCAGGCUGGUCUGUCCGCUCUGCCAUUCCUGCAGCAGUAGCUCUAGCAAUGGCUGCCAUCUCGACGAUGCCCGUGCUCCACGAGAAGAAGGCGCCUUCAGAAGGCUCCAUUAUCGACGAGAAGCUCUCUGUCCAAGACGAUGAGAUCGAGCUUGCGCCUGGUAGCACCCCGCUGGUCGACCUGAGGGCCGCCGCCCUCUCGGACAAAGUCGGCAACGUUUACGACAAUGUCCGUGCGGUUGACCUGGGCACGAACGGCAAGGAAAGGCCGAUUGAGACCGACAUCGACUAUGCCGUCCGGCUGGUCUCGCUCGAGGACGACCCCUCCAUGCCCAUCUUCACGUUUCGCAUGUGGUUUCUCUCUCUUGGCCUAUCCUGCUUCGGUGCCAUUCUUGGACAGAUUUUCUACUUCCGACCACAGACCAUCGAUGUCAGCCAGCUGUUCUUGCAGAUUUUCGCCUACAUUAUCGGCAAGUUCAUGGAAGAGGUCGUCCCUGGCCCUUUCGAGAACGCGCGUUUGAGGACCAAGAACAACCGGUUCUGGCGAUGGUUGAACCCCGGCCCCUUCAAUAUCAAGGAGCAUGUCGCUAUCACGAUCAUGGCUUCUACGGCGUCCUCCUCCGCAUUGGCCAUCAGCGUUUUCGCCGCCCAGGACCUCUAUUACAACGUCCGGCCCAACGUUGCGAUCGGCAUUUUCACCCUCAUCGCCUCACAGCUCCUCGGGUACGGGCUCGCGGGCAUUAUGCGCGUCUUCCUGGUGUACCCGACCUUCGCUAUCUACCCGAUGCUCGUGCCGACCGUUCAGCUCUUCGACACCCUGCACCGCGGCAAGUCGGCCAUCCUCCAAAAGAAGCGCAUGACCUUCUUCUGGAUCACCUGUCUUGUUAUCUUUGUGUGGGAAUGGAUCCCCGAAUACAUUGCCCCGACUCUCACCGGUGUCUCCAUCUUCUGUCUCGCGAACCAGAAGAGCGCGUGGUUCACCCGCAUUUUCGGUGGUGCGGCGGGUAAUGAGGGUCUCGGCCUGUUCUCGCUCUCCUUCGACUGGGCCUACGUCGGCUCUGGCGGCGGCGCCAUCGGCUCGCUGUUCACGCCGCUCUCAACGCAGCUCUCGUUGUACGGCGGCGUCGCUGUCUGCAUCGUUGCGUUCUGCGCAUGCUAUGCGCGGAACGUCUGGCACGCGCAGAACUUCCCUUUCCUGACGCAGCUGCUCUUCUACGAGAACGGGACGGAGUACGACCAGCUGAGCAUCCUGAACCCAGACUACACGCUUAACUACCAGAAGCUCGAGGAACAAGGCCUGCCUUGGUACGCGGCGUCACAGCUCCUGUACUUGAUCAGCCGCACGAUGUACAUUGGCGCCGCACUCACGCACUUUUUGCUGUGGCACGGCAAGACGGUGUAUCAGAUCAUUCGUGACUCGAGGACUAAGGAGACAGACGACCCGCACUACCAGAAGAUGAAGAUCUACAAAGAGGUCCCAUGGUACUGGUACAUGGGCAUGUUUGUCGUCACCGUUGCCAUGGCCCUCGCCACCUGUUACACCGCCAAGAGCCAACUACCUUGGUGGGGUCUCUUCAUUGCGCUCAUUUUCUGCACGCUCUUCAUCCCCAUCAUCGGCACGCUCUAUUGCACGGUCGGAUACGCGCCGAGCAUCCAGAACCUGAUCCAGAUGAUCGGCGGCGCUGUUGUCCCCGGCAAACCCGUCGCGAACAUGUACUUCACACUGUACGGCUACAACUCGCUCUUGCAGUCUCUCAACUUGCUUCGUGACCUCAAGCUGGGGCAAUACUCAAAGAUCCCGCCACGGGUAACGUUCACAGUGCAGACAAUCGGGACGAUCAUCGGUGCGCUCCUCAACUUCGCGAUCAUGCGCACGGUCAUUGCAAGUCAUCGCGAGGUGCUACUCGACGUCCAGGGCAGCAACAUCUGGUCCGGCCAGCAGGUCCAGUCCUACAACAGCGACGCCAUCGCCUGGGGCGCCCUCGGUAAGCCGCUCUACGCAACUGGUACGCGCUAUGGGUUUGUGCCGUACAUGCUUCUCGCGGGCCUCGGCUUCCCGAUCCCGCUCUGGCUCGCACACAAGCGAUGGCCACGCGCCGGCUUCAAUCACGUCUUCACGCCUAUCCUCGUCGCGGAGCUCGGCUUCCUGAGCGUGGGCAUCAACUCGGCAACGUUCAUGUCCUUCCUGCUCGCGGUCUUCUCGCAAUACUACCUACGCCGGUACCGCGCGACGUGGUUCCGCAAGUACAACUUCCUGCUCAGCGCCGCACUCGACGGCGGCACGCAGAUCAUGAUCUUCGUCUACACCUUCGCCGUGGGUGGCGGCAGCGGCAAGGUCACGCCGUUCCCGACAUGGGCCCUUAAUCCUGUGGGCAACCCCGAUUAUUGCAAGCGGCUGUCGGACUGAGGGAAAUUAUACUAAGAAGCGCUGUGCGCGUGAAUCUUGCUGUGCUUUCUGCGCC